AUGCUGAAGGAAGAAAAUUACGCUCUCGAAAACGUUUAUAAUGCCAACGAAACCGGGCUCAAUUGGAAAGCUUUGCCACGAAAAACUCUUACUUCACGUUGUGAAUUAGCAGCACCUGGUCCUAAAAUAAGCAAGGACCGUAUCACUGACUUAGCAUGUGCUAAUGCUACUGGCAUCCACCGAUUGCCCAUGCUUGUAAUUGGUAAAAGCAAGAAACCACGUUGUUUCAAACACGUUAAUAUGUCUGCGAUGCCUAUCGUUUACACUUCGCAAAAAAAUGCUUGGAUGGAUAGUACAAUUUUCAUGAAAUGGUUUACAGAAACUUUUAUACCCUCUGUAAAAACCCAUCAAUUAAAAAAUGGUAAAAGAGAGAAAACAUUAUUGCUUCUUGAUAAUGCCCCAACUCAUCCAUCAUUGGACAUCUUAAAUGAAAAAGACGAGUUUAUAAAAAUCAUGUUUUUUCCACCUAACGUGACUUCAUUAUUACAGCCCAUGGAUCAAGGCGUUAUUGAGUCUUUCAAACGGUAUUAUAGAAAAGAAUUGUUACGUAAGUUACUUUUGGAAAAAGAAGAGGAGGGAGAAGAAAGCCUGAUACGAAAUCAUAAAAAGAUUGAUUUAAAAGAUGCGUCCUACAUGAUCAGAGCAGCAUGGGACAGUGUAAAAAAGCAGAACUUGAGAAAAGCGUGGAAUAAAGUUUUGUGUAUGGGGUAA